AUGGACGCGACAGGGACGGCUAGCUCUACGAAGCAACAGUCUCUUCUCGAAAAAUCUGCUCAUGGCGCGACAUUCCUCAUCGCAUUACAGAUAGGUUCACGGGCAUUGACGUUUGCCGCCAACCAGAUUCUCCUCCGAUUCAUAUCUCCAGACUUGCUAGGGAUAUCGACUCAGUUCGAGGUGUACCUGAUAUCGGUACUGUUUUUCGCCCGAGAGUCCCUACGAGUAGCAAUACAACGUCAAUCCGAGGUUUCUGAAGGUCCUGGGGAGGCAGACAAAUCUAUACAGGAUGGAGAAAAGUCAGAACGAAAGAGGAAGCUGGCCAUAGAAAAGACACAGGCGCUUGUGAAUCUGGCCUACGUUUCAAUAUGCUUGGGGAUCUUCUUUGCGUGGGGACUGGCCUGGGCAUACGUGCGUUCUCUGCGCUCCAACCCCAAGGUUCUUGGCACCCUCUACUUCAAAGAAACCCUCCAGCUCUAUGCGAUCGCAGCAGUCUUUGAGCUGCUGGCCGAACCGUGCUUUGUUGUUGUCCAGCAGAAGUCCGAAUACAAGACGCGGGCAUUUGCUGAGUCUAUUGGAGCGUUACUUCGCUGCGUCGUGACAUGCGCUUCCAUCAUCUUCGCUUCCAAGACUGGCUUGGAUCUGGGUGUGUUUCCCUUCGCACUUGGUCAAUGGACGUAUGGCUUGUCAAUACUUUUAUGUUAUCUCUGGCGAGUCUCAGCUAUAUCAGCUGCAGACAAAUUUUCAUUACUUGCGAGACCGAUAGCGCCGAGUAGUAAUGAAACUUACAUCAUGUCAUAUUUCUCAAAACCACUGGUGACGCUCGGGGCGAGCCUUUUUGUUCAAGGGGUUGUCAAACAUAUUCUGACAGAAGGAGAUGUGCUCUUGAUAUCGUAUCUAGCAUCUCUUUCUGCUCAGGGAAUAUAUGCUCUGGCAUCAAAUUAUGGAGGUCUUGUUGCUCGCAUGGUCUUCCAACCCAUCGAAGAGAGCAGCAGGAACUAUUUUGGCAAACUUCUCUACUCCACCAACGGCCAGCGUUCGAGUGGGACAAUAUCAUCUGCUAGAGACGAUCUGCACAAGUUACUGCGGAUAUACACACUCAUGUCAAUAUCGGCAAUGACCGUUGGACCAACCAUGGCACCCCUGCUUCUGAAGUUCGUUGUUGGCAGUAGAUGGGCGUCAAGUGGUGCAGGAGAUGUUCUUUCCAAGUACUGUUACUACAUACCCCUUCUGGCAUACAAUGGCGUCUUGGAAGCUUUCGUGUCAGUUGUCGCGACCGAAUCUCAACUGAACAGGCAAUCCCUUUGGAUGUUGGCAUUUUCUGUGGGAUUCGCAAGUACUGGCUAUGUUUUCCUCCGUCUACUCGACCUCGGCGCGACAGGUCUUGUUUAUGCAAAUAUGGCAAACAUGGUGUUUCGGAUACUAUGGAGUUAUAAUUUUAUCAACAGCUUUUUCCGCAGGCAUAACAGUCAAUUGAACUUGGGUCUGAUACUCCCAACAGCAACAACGGUUGCUGCUGCUAUGGGGACUAUUGCGAUAUAUUAUCACCAGAGCUCACAAGAGGGCAGCGACAUCAAAAACUUCAUCACCACUACUGUAAUUGGAGGUAGCUUCUUCAUUCUUCUCGUCCUGUCCGAGCAUAAGUUCCUUUUGCAAUGCUACCGCUCAGUCCGAACGCCGCCAACAUGA